AUGACAACACCCAGUGCUGGACUGUUGCAAACAUGGUUGGAUGAGCAGGUGAAUGGGGUUAUCCAGGGGGGGGCUACGGUCACGGAGCCCGCGGAGAAGGCCAAACAAUUUUCAGCAAAGUUGAAGGGCGAUUUGGAGGCAGCAUGGGAAAAAUUAAGCACUUCCCUGGUGCAGUCGGAGGCGAGUGAUAUAAAGACCCUCUGUCAUAAUGAAGUCUCAUGGGUUCAAGGGGAUACUACGAAGGAUAAGUUCGAGAGGGAAUAUAAGAAGGAUCUAUGUGCUGGUUUAAUGGGUAUUCGUUAUUUUUUGAGUGGUAUAACAGAAUUGGGAGGGGGGAGGGUGACGGUUGAGAAGAACAUUACCGAAGACCAAUGGUUUGCCCGGUGCACUGUGGGUAUGUUGGCUCUAUCCGACAUCUAUGGGGAUCAUUGUAAGCUGAAUGAAGUUAUAGGGAAAAUAUCGGAUAAGGUCGAAGAUAACUUAAGGAAGCAUUUGAAGAAUGAGGACGCACGCAUGAUCCAGAAGUGCGUAGGAAAAGUGGAUGCUACCGCUUUAAUGAUUGGUAAAUCCAUUCUUGCGAAUAAAAUAAAAGGGUGGACAGAGGAUAGGAGGAGCGCACAAGCGGAUAAUGGCUGGAGGUUAAGGCAGUUAUGGCAGGGUAAAUGGAAAAGUGUCUGUCCGCAUGAUGGGGGACAAAUAACGGACGAUGGAAAAAAGAAAGAGUUGAAGGAGAACAAAGACAGUAUGACGAAACUGAUGAAUUUGGACAACGCGCAAAAUAAGAAUAAUGGAAUGUCUUUAUCAGACGUUCUUAUAGGUGACAGUCAACAGUAUUCAUUGAAAAUGGAAACAUUAACGAAAGCAUUUCAGUCUGCACUAGAGAAUGCCAACAGUGGUGCUAAUACUGCUUCUGUUGAUUUAUCGAAGACAAUAAUGGACAGUAUUUCACAGUUAUCCCAGGACCAGUUAGGUAA